AUGGAAUCGAUCUCCAUGAUGGGAAGCCCCAAGAGUCUUAGUGAAACUUUUUUGCCUAAUGGGAUAAAUGGUAUCAAAGAUGCAAGGAAGGUCACUGUGGGUGUAAUCGGAAGUGGGGAUUUUGCCAAAUCCCUGACCAUUCGACUUAUUAGAUGUGGCUAUCAUGUGGUAAUAGGAAGCAGAAAUCCUAAAUUUGCUUCUGAAUUUUUUCCUCAUGUAGUAGAUGUCACUCACCACGAAGAUGCUCUAAUAAAAACAAAUAUAAUAUUUGUUGCUAUACAUAGAGAACAUUAUACCUCCCUGUGGGACCUGAGACAUCUGCUUGUGGGUAAAAUCCUGAUUGAUGUGAGCAAUAAUAUGAGGGUAAACCAAUACCCAGAAUCCAAUGCAGAAUAUUUGGCUUCAUUAUUCCCAGACUCCUUGGUUGUGAAAGGAUUUAAUGUUAUCUCAGCUUGGGCACUUCAGUUAGGACCUAAGGAUGCCAGCCGGCAGGUUUAUAUAUGCAGCAAUAAUAUUCAAGCUCGACAACAGGUUAUUGAACUUGCCCGUCAAUUGAAUUUCAUUCCCGUUGACUUGGGAUCAUUAUCAUCAGCCAGGGAGAUUGAAAAUUUACCUCUGCGACUAUUUACUCUCUGGAGAGGGCCAGUGGUGGUAGCCAUAAGCCUGGCCACAUUUUUCUUUCUUUAUUCUUUUGUCAGAGAUGUGAUUCAUCCCUAUGCUAGAAACCAGCAGAGUGACUUUUACAAGAUUCCUAUUGAGAUUGUGAAUAAGACCUUGCCCAUAGUUGCCAUUACUUUGCUGUCCCUGGUCUACCUGGCAGGUCUUCUGGCAGCUGCUUAUCAGCUUUACUAUGGCACCAAGUAUAGGAGAUUUCCACCGUGGUUGGAGACCUGGUUACAGUGUAGAAAACAGCUUGGAUUAUUAAGCUUUUUCUUCGCUUCGGUCCAUGUUGCCUACAGCCUCUGCUUACCAAUGAGAAGAUCGGAGAGAUACUUGUUUCUCAACAUGGCUUAUCAGCAGGUUCAUGCAAAUAUUGAAAACUCUUGGAACGAGGAAGAAGUCUGGAGAAUUGAAAUGUAUAUUUCCUUUGGCAUAAUGAGCCUUGGCUUACUUUCCCUCCUGGCAGUCACCUCUAUCCCUUCAGUGAGCAAUGCUUUAAACUGGAGGGAAUUCAGUUUCAUUCAGUCUACCCUUGGAUAUGUUGCUCUGCUCAUAAGUACUUUCCAUGUUUUGAUUUAUGGAUGGAAACGAGCUUUUGAAGAAGAGUACUACAGGUUUUAUACACCACCAAACUUUGUUCUUGCUCUUGUUUUGCCCUCAAUUGUAAUUCUGGGUAAGAUUGUUUUACUCCUUCCAUGUAUAAGCCAAAAGCUAAAGCGAAUUAAAAAGGGCUGGGAAAAGAGCCAAUUUCUAGAAGAAGGUAUUGGAGGAGCAGUUCCUCAUCUCUCACCAGAGAGGGUUACAGUAAUGUGA